AUGACGCAGAGGAUCGUGAUCGCAGUGCAGAUGGCGAGCAGCAGGUGCCGGUCCAAAGCGCUGGCGCUGGUGGCGGCCACGCCGGGGGUGGACUCGGUGGCGCUGGCCGGGGACGGCAAGGACCAGGUGGUGGUCGUCGGCCACGGGGUCGACUCCGUCAAGCUCACCAGCGCGCUGCGCAGGAAGGUCGGCCACGCGGAGCUGGUGCAGGUCGGCGACGUCAAGAAGGAGGACGGGAAGAAGCCGGCGGCCGCGGCCGUGGUCGAAUACUACCCGUACGGCUGCUACUACCCAUCGCAACCGGCGCCGGUCAACUUCUUCUACGAGCAGCAGCACUCCGCCGUCGAGGCGUACGGGUACCCAUGCUCGCGGCCGGAGCCGGGCACAUGUUCGGUAAUGUAG